GACUACUUGCUCUCGAUGUUUGGCUGUGCUGUGAGUCUGGGCAACGUCUGGAGAUUUCCCUUCCUGGCUUACAGAAACGGAGACGGUGCGUUCCUGAUUCCCUAUGUUCUCAUGCUGGCACUCGUUGGGAUACCAAUGUUUUUCUUGGAAUGUUCCUUUGGGCAGUUUGCCAGCCUCGGACCUGUUGCAGUGUGGAAAGCCGUGCCCAUUUUACAGGGUGUCGGAAUCACCAUGGUCCUUCUGAUUACAAUUGCCAACAUUUCUUACUCCUGCAUCCUCGCCUACAGUCUGUACUACCUGUUUGCUUCCUUCCAAUCACCCCUGCCGUGGGCAGACUGCUUCAGUUGGUGGGGAGCAGAUGAAACAUGCAGCAGGGCUCCCAAAGAUCCACUUUGCAAUCUCACUCUGGAUGGCAGAUAUUUUGAAAUUGUUAAUACAACAUGGCUGCAGGCAAACAAUGAAACUUGCCCAAAUGGAUCAGAAAUUUCUGUUCCUUUCCAGGGUCCGAGUGAGCAAUACUGGGAUAAAAUGGUUUUACGUCGUUCCAGUUCAAUGGAUGAGACUGGGGACAUAGUCUGGUAUUUAGCUCUCUGUCUGCUUCUGUCCUGGCUGAUAGCUGGAGGAGCGUUGUCUAAAGGAAUCAAAUCUUCAGGAAAGGUGGUUUAUUUCACUGCUACAUUCCCAUAUAUGGUUCCGACCAUACUCCUGAUCUGAGGGGUUACUCUGGAGGGAGCCUACAAAGGGAUUGAAUUCUAUAUUGGAAGCCAGUCAGACUUCUCCAAACUGGCUGACAUUGAGGUCUGGAAAGAUGCUGCAACACAAAUUUUCUUUUCUCUUGCAAUAGGUUGGGGCAGUUUAAUAACACUGUCAUCCUACAGUAACUUCCACAACAACUGUUACAGAGAUACCAUCGUUGUCUGUGUUGUUAGUUGUGCAACAAGUGUAUUUUCUGGGUUUGUCAUCUUCUCCAUUCUUGGACACAUGGCCCACGUACAAGACAAGCCUGUUUCAGAGAUUGCUGUGUCGGGUUUUGGCUUGACUUUUAUUGCCUACCCAGAAGCCCUUGCACAAUUGCCAUGGGCACCUUUGUGGUCCAUUUUAUUUUUCUUCAUGCUAAUCACCCUGGAAAUUGACACUGUACUUGCAGAUGUCGAAACGAUAUUCACAAUGCUGCUGGACCAGUUCCCUCGUUUUCGACAAUCAUGGCGCCUUUACCUGAUAACUGCCAUUUGCCCACUAUUUUAUUUUCUUGGCCUUGUAUUUGUAACACAGGCUGGAAUUUACUGGAUAGAUUUAGUGGAUCAUUUCUGUUCUGGAUGGACUGUCAUUAUCACAGCUUUGCUGGAACUCAUUGGUCUCAGCUGGAUCUAUGGGAUAAACAGAUUUAUCAAGGACAUUGAGAUGAUGAUUGGGAAAAAGAACUGGCUCUUCUGGCUGUGGUGGAGAGUGUGUUGGAUUGUGAUCUCCCCAUGUUUGCUGGCAGUCAUAUUGUUCUGGUCCUUAGUGACAUUUGCCCCUCCAACAUACGGACCUGUUGAAUACCCUGUCUGGGCAAUAGCACUGGGCUGGUGUAUGACCAUCUUCUGUAUUAUGUGGAUUCCUGUUGUUGCCAUAAUGAGAUUUGUCCAAGCUGAGGGUUCCACCUUGUGGCAGAAAAUUUGUACCGCUUGCACCUCAGCUCCUGAUUGGGGUCCAUACCUGGAAGAACACAGAGGGGAACGAUACAGAAACAAGUUUGAUUCCAAGGAAGCCCCAAAUUGUCUACAACUUCUGGCAACUCCUGAGAUCUGAAAACUUCUAAGAUAAUUUUGGUUCAAGUCACCUUGGCGAUGAAGCAAUGAUCUGGUGUCGACGCACUAUGAGUUCUUCAAGGACAGUCAGCAACUCAGCUGAUAUGCUGUACAUCAGUUACUUUCUUGUAAUCUGGAAUUCCUUUGCGAUAUGUUUUGGUUCAAUUUCUCCUUAAAUCACUUGGAUGCUGUUGAGUUAUUUUUCUUUUCUUCAGUGUUAUGCUUGGAUUCUUUUGUUAACAUUGCCCUAGUUUCUUCUUCAUAACUACUGAGUUAAUUUCAGUUCUUGUUGGCAUUGGUCGAUUGCUUUCAAGUUUUUAACUCAGCUUUGUUCAAAUUCAUAGUGGAAACUUUGUAGGCACAGGAAUUUUCUCAUUAUUUGAAAUAACAUGAAAUAGCAUUUUGCAAGGCUGUCUUUGCCUGUUUAAUAAA